AUCUCUCCUGAAGCACUAGGGAGCCAAGCAAUUCCUUACCGGAACCGACCAACUCCAAGUACUCACCAUCACCUCUGGCCUUCAACUGUUUAACACUACCACUCCUACAUCACCGCGACACAUAGGUCUUUGUGGGAACAUUCCGAUUGCCUAUUGACUGUUUGAUGAACUGCCUGAACGAAGCUCGUUCUUGUAAACGCCAUGUUAAGGAUGUGUGUCAGUGAAGGCAAGGGAACCCCUUGUCCCCUUAUCUGUUUGUCAUUUGUAUGGAAAUCUUGUCCAGGCUUCUUAAUAAAGCUGCUCAAGAAGGAAGACUACCAUUCCACCCAAAAUGCAGUAAAGUAGGCCUCACCCAUCUAUGUUUUGCAGAUGAUCUCUGGAUUUUUACAGACGGAUCACCCAGGGCUAUAAGUGUUGUUGACUCUAUUCUAAAGGAGUUUUAUUCAAUAACAGGGUUGAAAGUAAAUUACCAGAAGUCAGAGAUUUACUAUUGUGGAGUACAAGACAGUAUCAUCAAGAAUUUGGCUGCAACUUAUGGUUUUAAGCUUGGGACCCUUCCUGUAAGGUACUUUGGAGUGCCUUUGAUAACAGGCAGAUUAACAGAUGCAGCACUUAAGCCUCUCAUCUUGAAAAUUACUGAUAGAAUCAACUCUUGGACUUCAAGACAUCUAUCUUUUGCAGGAAGGCUUCAACUCAUCACUUCAGUUUUUCGAGGCAGAGCUACAGAUGCUAGAGGAGCAAUGGUUAGCUGGGAGAUUGUUUGUAAACCAAAAGUGGAGGGUGUCCUAGGCAUAAAACCAUUGCAGGCCUGGAAUAAAGCUUGUGACACCUCUUGGCUUUGGAGGAAAAUUUUAAGCUUGAGGCCUGCGGCUAGAUAUUUGAUCAAGCACAUGAUAGGAAAUGGGGAGAAUACUUUUCUCUGGUUUGACUUUUGGCAUCCAACAGGGCCACUACUUGAGGUUUAUGGUCAGAAAAUUGUACAGGACACAGCAAUUCCAUUGCAAGCAAAGUUGUCUCAAGUGGUGCAAGGUAAUUUCUGGAAAUGGCCCCCUGCUAGGUCCCCAGAACUAUUACAAAUUCAAAUUGCAUUAUGUGGCAAUCUGUAUCCAAAUGAGGCAGGAGAAGACUCAGUUAUAUGGCUUGCAUCUCCAUCAAGAUCCUUCAAAAUUGGUUACACAUGGAAUCAUUUGAGGGAAAAACAAGCAAAAAUGCCUUGGUUCAGGCUUGUUUGGUUUGCAAACUCUAUACCAAAACAUAGCUUUAUGUCUUGGCUUGCUAUUUUGCACAGGCUUUCAACUAGAGCAAGACAAAAGUCAUGGUCUCCCCACAUAGAUGCUACUUGUGUGUUGUGUGGGGCUGAAAAUGAGACUAGAGACCAUUUGUUCUUCUCAUGCUCCUACUCUAGGACUGUUUGGGAUGUUAUUUCCUCCAUGUUAGAAAUUCCAUCCACAUUCUCUUGGCAAUCUGCUUUGUCUUGGUUGUGUCACAAGGCCAAGUGAAAAUCAUUGUACAGCAGUCUUAUAAGAUUAGCAUGGUGUGCAACAAUAUACCAUAUUUGGAUAG